AUGGUUCGAGCGAUUCAUGCACUACUUAUCUUGGCCGUCGUUACUGACGUAAGAAGUCAACUUUUUGAUUUCUUCGCGUUCCAACCGGUGCAUUCCACGACACGUUCAUAUUUUCAAGAUUUCACAACCAAAAGACCUAAAAUGGCAUCAAAAGUCACUAGACAUAAUUCCAGAACUGAAUCAACUACUAAAAAAAGCUCAAUAUAUUUUAAUAUAGAAGAUUCAGCAUUUAAUAAACUAAAACAAAAGGAAAAUGGAGCUAUUGUUUUUGACUUCUUUACUACUACUUCAAGACCUAUAAGAAAAACAAUUAAAAGUACAACUGAAAAUAGUGCCAGAGGAACAUCUAGAAGUUCUACCAGUAAUACGAGCAGAGACAAAAAUCUGAAAAUAACAAACCAUAGAGAUGUAGACGUUACUGGUAUAGACAUUUCAAGACCUAGCCAAAGUAUAAAAAAUUCUGAUUCUACAAACCAAGCCUCACUAUCUCUUAGUCAAAAUUUCAACAAUCAUAGACAAUCCUAUGAUAAUAAUGAAAGAAAUACCGUCAUAAAUUAUGAAACAGCAAGGCCUAAUAUAUACUAUGAUAACAGAAAAUACUAUACAACCCAAGUCCCUUUUACGAGUAGGCCAGGGGUAAGACCACUUGUAACUAAUGGACCCCCAAUCACAAACAGACCCCCAAAGUCCAGCUUUUCUAUUUCCUCCCAAGAUGACGCUAUCAGUCCAGAGCUAAUUAUAGGGCCCAAUGAAGACUACAUGAACAGUGUGGAGAAGAAAAGAUAUAUAGAAAUGGCUGAAAAAAUGUGCGACGAAUACAAGUUUCUAGAUAUAAAACAAGUACAAGUGAUACCUCUAGUACCGUCGCCUGAAGUGGUAAAAAUCAACGUGUCAAAGUGCACCCCCACUUCCAUACCCUUAGUAGUGGGUGGGAAAGUGGUGACAAUAAAGGAGUUCCCCCAUAUGGCGUUAUUGGGAUGGACAAGAAUGCAGUCCGGUGGCUACGCUUGGAAAUGCGGGGGUUCCCUGAUAAGCAAUCAGUAUGUCCUGACUGCUGCUCACUGCGCUUACCAGGAUAAAGACGAAACUGUUGUGUUGGGUGCCCCGCGAGCAGUGCAACUAGGAUCAUCGUAUCUAGACGAUCCAGGAGCACUGGUUGUCAAAGUUGCGGCGGUCAUCAGACAUCCCAAGUAUAAGUUGCCAAGGUCUUAUUACGACAUCUCCCUCGUAAAACUCGCUACUACUGUCACAUUCUCAGACGUUAUAAAGCCCGCGUGUCUGGGGGUUCCCCCGCCUCCUGGAAGUUCUGUCAUCGCGACAGGAUGGGGGAAAACGGAAUUUGGUGGUGAUGUAUCUCAAGAGCUCAGGAGCGUGUCGAUCUCAGUCUGGGAAAUGGACGAAUGCUACAAUGUGUUGGGGACUUCCCGUAAAUUGCCCAACGGACCUUCUAGCGAUAGUCAAAUUUGUGCUGGAGAGAAGAAAGGUGGAAAGGACACUUGUCAGGGUGAUUCUGGUGGACCUGCUCAAAUACAAGACGGCUGUUCAUGGCGAGUGGUGGCAGUCACAUCCCUCGGCAGAUCUUGUGGGGCUCCUCACACACCCGCGCUGUACGCUAAAGUACAAAUACCUUUUGUAUCUGCUGUUGCUUUUGGCGGAAAAGGAAGUGGAAAUAAUAGAGGCACCGUAUCGAAUGAAUUCAGCAAUAAUCAACAAAAUAAUAAUAACUAUCAACAAAACAAUAAUAACUAUCAACAAAACAAUAAUAACUAUCAACAAAACAAUAAUAACUAUCAACAAAACAAUAAUAACUAUCAACAAAACAAUAAUAAUAACUAUAAUCAAAACCAACAAAAUACACAAUGGAACACAAAUUUUAACAACAAAAACCAAAAUCAACAAAACAAUGGCUGGGACACGCAAUCAAAUCAACAAAACAACAACCGAAACCAAAAUCAACAUAAUAUAUGGAACCCUGCAACGGAACCAACAGUUCAAUGGAAUAACCAAAAUAUAAAUCAAGGAACCGGAAACGUGUAUAGCAAUCAAAAUGGUUACAGCAAUCAACAAUCAAACAACCAACAAUACAACCGGGGUCAAAACCAGGGCUAUACAACAAAGAAACCAAGCAACCAAGGUUAUUAUAAUGACUACGGUCUUGAACCAUAUCAAUCUGACCAACCAUAUUAUAGUGAUGUUUUAUCACCAUAUUUGGAAGCUCAUUUCUCGAAUACAAUAUCAGAAAUAAAUAAAAAGCAUUUAGUAAAUAUCAUAAAGACUUUAAACGAAGAAAAAGACGACAUCAGAGAUAAAAGAAAUAAAGAUGAUUUAAAUGACGAGGAAAAAGAGAAGAUCCUGCAAGAAAUUUUAUGGUUGUUAAAAAAAAAUUACAAUGCUGCAAAACAAUACUCUGAAGCAUAUUAUAAUCCUCUACAUACCGGUGCUAGGUUACAUUUUAUUAAAAAUCCUGAAGUUUUGGAAGAAUAUAAAAACUAUUUGAGGACGCAAAAUGAUCUUCUUUCAAACCUUCAAAGUCAAGAUGAGACAUUCGAUAACUUCGAGAAAAGGAGCUUAAAGGAUGAUUUAAUGUAUUUGAAAAAAAGCGCAAUUUCCUAUCGUGAUUCAUUAGGACGAUCAGCAUCUGAUAUAGACAACAUAGGUACAAAUCAGGAAUUUAUACAAACUAGAAAAGAUAAUUUUAAAAGAACCAAGAUAUCUAGAGAGGAAAAAUAUGAAGAUGAUUCUUUGGACAUACAAAAUAAGAAAAAAUUUAAUACCAAUAAUAAAAGACAAAGUGGGUUUAGAGAUAAAAUAAAAAAAAAUAACAUUGAUUUUGAUUCAGAUUCUAAUCCAGAUAAUAGAAAUAAAGUAAUUAAAAAUGUAAAUCCAAGAGAUUUAGAAAUGGCUUUGAACGAAAAGCCGAAAAAAAUUAAUCAUUUACCACCAACUUCGUAUUUAAAAAAAAUAUAUAUCAAAACUGUGCAGAAUAAAGUGAAUCCUCUGCCUAAAUUUAAUUAUAGGAAACCGAAAAAGGAUGAGCUUUUUUCAUUUGGACGCACCUCUAUUCCAUUUGUAGUUUUCACAAUAACUUGUGAAUGUAGAAAAUAUGACUUAGAACAAGAAGCUCACAAGCUGUAUGAUGAAAGCUUUUCCGCUGUGGUUCAUAGAUUUCGAAAAACACCAGAAUAUCUAGCAAUAUUGCAAGAUGAAUUCAUAAAAAUGAAGAAUGGUUUUUUAAUGGUUCAAGAAAUGAUCAUGACGUCGUAUAAGGAUCAAUUAGAAAAGGCUGUGUUAAAAGAAUUGAAAAUGAAUUUCUCCAGAAAUUUUCGAGUAGCAGCUGCAGAUUAUAACAAUAAUCUGAAACCGAAGAAGAAAAAACCACACGAAUCACAUAUUGCGGGUCUGGAUUAUUAUCCACUGUUACACUCUGUGCUUUCUGUGGCAGAAAGAAACAGAAUGAGGGACAUUGGCUACGAGUACAGUGGUAAAAUGAUCCACGAAUUAAUGCAACGUUGGUUACCAGACGACAGCGAUAAAGUUUCAAAUAAACUACCGGGCGGUGGACACCAACCAGAGAAGACGACAACUGAACAUAUGCACAAGGUAACAACGACCACAACAACUGAGGAACCAGAACAUUAUACUACUUCUACUUCCACCUUGGCGGGUCCUCACCAUCACCAUCAUCAAUCCACUGCCGCGCCGGAAACUAUUAUUUACGCUCAUUUCUUAUUAGUGCGUUGGAGGCCAAGGAAAAUGCUGUACCCCAUAUUGAAUACCUACAAACCAUUUGUAAAACAUGCCAUAAGACAGUUAAUAAAGCAACACAAAUCUAGGUCGUUCAAAUAUUUAUAUAUAAACAACCAAAGAAACCUAAAUAUAAGAAUAUACUCAACACAAAGUGAUCAUCAUAGACAAAAAGCUAUUAUAGAAACUUCAGCUCCUAAGUUAGUCAUAGAGAAAUUGAACGAGAAAGUGUUGCCAGGUGGUAAAUCAAAUUUACAUUUGGUAUGGAAAGAUAAAAUAGAUCCAUAUAUAAAAUUAUCAAGAUGGGACAGACCUAUUGGUGUAUACCUCCUGUACUGGCCGUGUUCAUGGUCAAUAGCCCUAGGUUCUAUUCCGGGGACUGUGCCGCUAUCCUCAACUCUUCAGACUGCCGCCUUAUUCCUCAUAGGUGCAGGGUUGAUGAGGGGUGCGGGAUGCACUAUCAAUGAUUUGUGGGAUAGAGAUGUGGAUGCGCAGGUAGAAAGAACUAAAAACAGACCGUUAGUGUCAGGAACGAUCAGUGGGAAGCAAGCGGUUGGGUUUUUGGCUUUACAAUUGAGUUUAGCACUCGGAGUCCUCCUUCAGUUAAACUGCUACAGUGUUAUUUUGGGUGCCAGUAGUAUGGCUUUAGUAAUAACAUACCCGCUAGCAAAACGUUUCACAAACUACCCCCAAAUAUUCUUGGGAGCCACUUUCAAUUGGGGGGCCUUAUUGGGGUAUUCAGCUAUAAACGGAUAUAUAGAGACGAGCGUCUGCCUUCCAUUAUACUUCUCGGCUUUGGCCUGGACUGUUUUAUAUGACACGAUAUAUGCUCAUCAGGAUAAAAUAGACGAUGCCAGGUUAGGAAUAAAGUCCACAGCACUAACAUUCGGUGAGCACACGAAGCCGGCUUUAACAGCGGCAUUGAUCGCGAGUCUGACAGGAUUCACAAUGGCGGGACAAUCCGCAGAACUGGCGAUACCGUAUUAUAUCGCAUUGGCGAUGUACGCAAUGCACGCUGGGAGACAGGUAAGUGGUGAAGUCGGUUGUGUCAUAGUGAAGUCGGUUGUGUCAUUGGCAUGUCAUGUU